UGUUGUUGGAUCCCGGGCGGGUGAAUGUGCAAAUAUUUGCAAGACAAUCUGCAUGGAAGUAUUUUUUCGUCGUGAGAAUUUGCGCUAAAAGAGAGGAUGGAUUUACACGAGAUUGGGACGUCACAGAUGGUCUUCGAUGAGUCGGAUGUUUGGUUAUUGUACAUGGUAGACGACGUAGUGUUUUAUCUCAGAUUCAUCUUGGUUGUCUUUGGCGUUCCCGGCAAUAUUUUGACAAUUCUCGUUGGUACCCUGAGUCAUAACAAGAAGCAGACCACCAGUGUAUAUAUGAUCGGGUUGGCUCUUUCCGAUGCGUCGAUUCUCCUCCAGGCGGGAAUAUCGGCUCCGAUGUGGCGGAGCAACAUUGUUAUGUUUUGGCCGUCAAGAGAGCUGGAAUUUAAGUUCGUCUAUUUCGUAGCGUAUGCCAGUGCCAUGACUUCAGGACUCGUCCUUGCCUUCAUGUCGGUAGAUCGCUUCGUGGCUAUACGUUAUCCGCUGGUCGCUAAGAGGAUAUGCACAGUUACUAAAGCUAAAGUGAUUGUGACUAUCACAGCAGUGAUAGUCGUCGGCGCCAAUGUCUCCACCUUCUUCUGUCAUGCGUUUAUAAAGGAUUCUGAGUCAGGUAUCGAACUGCUUAUUGUGUCCGUACCGGGUCACCCAGUAUACGAGAUACUUUUCACCAACUUUCAGAUGGUAUUUGGGAGCAUCGUUCCGGCCGUCAUUAUCAUAUGUAGCAACAUUGGUAUCAUUAUAACAAUGCGACAGGCCUCGAGAAAUCGCGCCAAGAUGCGGGAGGAGCAAAAACAGGACGGGGACAAAUCGGACAACCAACUGACACGCAUACUUGUCGUCGUCAGCGUCGCUUAUUUCGUCACAACCUUGCCGUAUAGGCUUUUUCUUGCCGCCUUUGGGAUUCCAGAGGUAGCUGAUAUGUAUGACAUGAAGGAUCCCUUUUGGAACAUACUGUUUAAUACACUGGAUCAUUUUUUAUUCGGGGUCUGGUUAUGUAACCAUGCUGUCAACUUCUAUCUAUAUUGUCUCGCAGGAGGUAAGCGUUAUAGAGAAGACACGAACAUGAUAUUGGUAAAGUUGUUUCGCUGCUUUCGGGCAACGCGUGAGAAUUGAUAAAAGUAAAAGGAAUACCUGUUCAGAAGUUAAUCAGAAGUCAGUUUCAGGUAACCCUACGCACGAGUUCAGAAUAUCAGUCCUUGGUCGCGACGGAAAUGGCGUUAUUGCCUCAUAGUAUUACAACCAGGAGUGCAAAUCGGAGAGGUUGUCACAAACAGGCAUGUAACAUCCACAGUUUCAAAUGUUCGGCCAUCCUGGUUGUAUAACCAUCCCAAUUUAGACCCCCCGCCGGUUGUCUAACAUUUCUUGAUUGGGUUGUGCUGGUUAAUUGUCACCUUCUUUUCUGAUGCGACCGUCCUGGUUGUGAAAACAACCAAAUUUGGACCCCUGCCUGUCGUUUCACAUUCCUUGAUAUGGCCAUUAUGGUUGUGAAACUAUCCCAAUGUCUGAACUCAGCCUGAGGUCUCGCAUCCCUCCUGGAGAUAUGCUGUUUGUGACAAUUCCUUUAUCUGACGUGGCUAUACAACUGGUUGUGUUGCCAUUUCUGAUGUGAUCCUGUUGGUUUUGUGGCCAUACUACAGUUAAAUCAAUUUUUCCGGACAUGCUGGUUAUGACAAUGAUAGCAUUUCUGAAUUCGAUGUAGCCAUACUUUUACUGACUGUAAUGGGUCCGUAAGACCAUCAUCUUAAAAUCCAUCCACCCCGAAUAUGAGGUGGGUAAUUCUAUAGACCAUGCAUCCAGGCCUACCUGUUGGACUGCGUCUUUCGUCUUUCCACAGAAUAGAUGUGCAGACGCAAUACCAAUGGUAAGCUGGCGUAAAGAGAUGCUGAUUCCGAGUUGUUCCAAGGACGCUAUGGGUGCUGAAAGUUUCGUAUGGUUGCCGUCCUGGCUCCUUCAAUGAGAAUGGGUGAUAUGAAUAAAGACCAGCAAAUGCUUUUAUCUAAAUCUCCAUGUACAUUUACACCAGGCCUUUCUGUACAAAACCGGAGUAAAAGCAUUUGCUAGUCUUUAUUCAUAUCACCCAUUAUCUGGAAGCUGGUACCCGUACCUUGACAUCACGUCAUGUCUCUAUGAGAACACAUAGACAUGCCUGAUUCGAAUUCAUAUCAGUCUCACAACAAAUUCGUUGUUGUAAUGGAUCAGGCAAUGUAUAUACACAGGAAAUAUUGUCCUCUCUGAUCAGGCAUGUCCAAGUCUCGCAACUUAUUAGUCACAGGAAUAGGAUGGCGAUGU